AUUAGCUCAGAUAUAUAAACUGACACAGGCUCUCGUUGAUUGGCUCUCCCAACACAGUUUUCUUGUGGAAGAAAGAGUGGACUUAUGAUGUCAAAUGUUCAUAAUCAAAAUGGUCAAGGUCUAGAGCAGCAGUUUGCUGGUUUAGACUUAGGAUCUGGUGGAAGACCAUACAGUGGCAAAGAUGGACGAAAUUAUCGACCAAACAGCGCAAACCCAAGAUUUCAGGAACAAAUGUUCUACAUGCCAGGUCAGGGUAACCAAGGGCAACAGGGUCAGCGCUAUGUGCCUCCUCACAUGAGGAAUGCCCCAGGGGCUCCUGCUCCCCCUCCCAUGGGAAUGGUGCCAAAUUACCCCCCACCCCCACUGCCUGAUAAUAGAGGGGGCAGAGAUGGAGGCUUUAACAGGGGAGGAUAUAAUCAGGGGCGUGGAGGAUACAUGAACGGGGGUCCUCCCCAGAGCUUCAGUCAGCCCAACAUGGGUGACAGAGGUGGCUACAAUGCCUACAACAGAGGGGGCUACAAUCAGGGCGGAGGUAACAGAGGGGGCUACAACAAUUACCAGAACCGCCGGGGCGGCUACCAGAAUAAUGCUCCAGGAAGGUAUGGAGGAGGGGACAGAUACAACAACUAUGGAGAUGGUGAUCGCUUCAAUAGACAAGGUAGUGCCCCUCCAAGUUCUGGGGGACGCUGGGAUAACCUGGAAGAUGAUCGCAACUUCAACAACCAGAGAUUCCAGAGUGAGGGGGACUUCGGCACAAAUAACAGAUGGGACAAUCGAACUGACUACAAUACCGGGGGCAAGUACCCCCAGGAGACUACAAAGGAAAACUGGACUAUUCCACUGCCCCCCAACCCCCGAAUGGAAGAAGAGCUCUUUGGAAGUGGAAAUACUGGCAUAAACUUUGACAAAUAUGAAGAUAUUCCUGUGGAGGCAACGGGAGAAAAUGCCCCCAAAAAUGUAGAGACUUUUGAGGAAUGUAACUUGGGAGAGAUUAUCAGAAACAACAUAGUGCUGAGUCGCUACUCCAAGCCUACUCCAGUACAGAAAUACGCCAUUCCUAUCGUUCUGAAUAAGAGGGACUUAAUGGCCUGUGCUCAGACAGGUUCUGGGAAGACUGCUGCCUUCUUGGUCCCAGUGUUAAACAGAGUCUAUGAAAAUGGACCCGAGGAAUCAGCUAAUGUUUCCUCGUCAAGACAGUAUGGACGCAGAAAACAGUAUCCACUGGCCCUUGUCCUGGCCCCUACCAGAGAGCUGGCUUACCAAAUCUUUGAUGAAGCAAGGAAGUUUGCCUAUCGUUCCCGUGUGAGACCCUGUGUGGUUUACGGAGGGGCUGAUAUUGGGGCCCAGAUGAGGGACCUGGACAGAGGGUGUCAUUUACUGGUGGCUACCCCGGGAAGACUGGUAGACAUGCUGGAGAGGGGCAAGCUCGGACUGGAGCACUGCAAGUUCCUGGUAUUGGACGAGGCAGACAGAAUGUUAGACAUGGGAUUUGAACCCCAGAUCCGCCGCAUUGUGGAGAAGGAUAACAUGCCCCCAAGUGGUGUAAGGCAGACUCUCAUGUUCAGUGCCACAUUCCCCAAGGAAAUUCAGAUGCUGGCCAGAGAUUUCCUGGACAACUACAUAUUUUUGGCUGUUGGAAGAGUUGGCAGCACCAGUGAGAACAUUACCCAGAAAGUGGUGUGGGUGGAAGAAAUGGAGAAGCGUUCCUUCCUGUUGGAUCUAUUGAAUGCAGCAGCAGGUCCCGACUCACUGACUCUGGUGUUUGUGGAGACCAAGAAGGGCGCCGAUUCCCUGGAGGAUUUCCUGAUCAGGGAGGGGUAUCCCGCCACCAGUAUUCACGGUGACCGCUCUCAGAAGGAGAGAGAAGAGGCUCUGAGGCUGUUCAGGAGUGGGGACAGGCCCAUCAUUGUAGCUACUGCUGUGGCUGCAAGAGGCUUGGAUAUCCAGAAUGUAAGACAUGUUGUGAACUUUGAUCUGCCAAGUGACAUUGAGGAAUAUGUACACAGGAUUGGAAGAACUGGUCGAGUAGGAAAUCUGGGUUUGGCAACCUCAUUCUUCAAUGAAAAGAACAAGAACAUUGUGCGGGACCUCAUGGAUUUACUUGUGGAGGCCCAUCAGGAAGUUCCAUCAUGGCUUGAGUCCAUGGCUUACGAAGCUCGGCCCACUGGAAGUUCCAGAAGGGGAGGUGGAAGAAGAUUCGGCAAUUCUGGAUUUGGAUCAAGAGAUUACCGACAGCAGAACAAACCCAAAUCUCAGCAGCAACAGCAGCAGGGUGGGGGAGGAUACAGCAACAAUUAUAAUCCUAUGGCCAACCAGUACAGCAACUAUGGUGGUUCCUAUGGUGGGGCCUACAAUGCCCCCAGCAACAGUGCCGCCCCAGACUGGUGGGGCAACUGAAGAGCCCAGCAAGCAACAACCACAUUUUGUUUAUUUCACUGUUGUACAUUUUGCAGGGUGACAAUAUGGUAGAACCAGCCCCCUUAAAAUUUAAAUUCAAGGCUUUAGAAGGCAGUCUUGUAGCCUGUGGAGAUGAGUUCAGAUAACUGCAGUGAGACGAGAGCUAGGAUUGUUCAAGUGGAUGGUGUUGGUCUCAGAAGAUAACUGUGUUUGGAGAGCCCUCGUUGAACUGUGUCAUAAAUCCUAUUUUAAAUUCACAUUUUAGCAAUGUCAGCAUUUGUUACCAAGAAUACAUAUCGUUCAUUGUUGUGUCAUUGUUUUAAAAAUGGCAGAUGACUGAUUUCUUACAAAUUUAUCUUGAAAUGUUUUACAAGUAGUGAACAAUUGUCAAGCAGACUUUUGAGACGAAACAUUUUUUUUAUUUUUUCCCCCCUAAUUACUUUUAUUAUACUCUAGGAGGGGAAAGAUGAUUACAUAAAAUUAUCAGGAAAUAUUUUGAUUUUUUCUUUUCGUGCAUUAAGAUCUGUUGUAAGUGUUGAUAGACCCAUUUGUCCACACUUUUUAACUAGAUUAUUAAGUUUUUAGGGGAAAAACCCCUAAAGGAAAGUAUUUGUGCUGACAUUGUGAUCAAUUAUAUUCAUGGACUAAUAGUGUCAAUUGUAAGUGGUACAUGUAUUUACUCACUUUUACAAAGUUCAUACUUUUCCAGUAUUUUAGUAAUGAAGAAACUUAAAUGUAAAAUGCUACUGCACUGCAAACGGGAGAGAGAUGUUUGCUGGUUCUAUUGUAUAUUACCAUGAGCUAUUGUAAGAUUUUUCUGAAUAUUGUAGUCUUGUAGUUCCAAUAUUUUUUGCUAUGAUGCCGUCCUGUUUCCAAAUGUAGAUUUUUGGAAGAACGUUAUUUUUGGAAAUUGGAAUCAAAGGAAGACAGGUUCACUUUAAUAGAUUUUUUUUUUACUUCAAUAUUUAUGAAAAAUGAAAGCUGGUGAAAUUAUUCAUCCAGAUUAACAUAUAUAAGUAGUAUGUUCCUGUAAUUGAGAACAUAAUUGAUACAGCAUUUGAUUUUUUUAGAGGAAGGACUUUGACCUUUUUUAAUUAAAAUCUGAUGCUGUGGGAAAGAAUGGGGUUUUAAUGUACAUGUGUCAACACAUUUGUGAUGCUAGUCAAGUAAGUCAUAUAUCUUGCCCCCUUUUUUUAUGCUGGAUGUGGAAACGUGAAAAAUUAAAAAGAUAAGAGUACCACCAUAUGAUGGAUAUAUACUUUUUUGUUAUUUUGUUUUCUUAAAUGUACACAUGUAGUGUAUUUCUGUAUAAAAAGUGGUGGUACAGUGGCCAUAGCAUCCAAUUUUCUAUAUGUAUAUUGUUAAAGAACUUUUGAUGUGCAUGCAUUUCCACAUUUAGCUGCUAAAUGGUGCAUUAUGUAAUGUGUAUGGAUCUGUUUGACAGAUCACCUUUUGACAAAUUUGACUGCAAAUGGAUAUGCCCUUCUUCAUUAAAUGUUUUGAUUACAUGUAGAUAGUAUUUCACAGAAAGUGGAAUUUUUUUCUUAUCCUUUAGUCUAUCAUAAAAAAAAUGUGGAGUUGAGUUGUGGACAUGUUAUGGACAUUUAAUUUAAGAGUGAUCUACAAAGGGCACUUUGAUCUAGCAUAAAAAUGUUUGUUUGAACGACUAGCGUCACAAAUAGCAAUUGUAUCCGUAUUUUAAUGAUUGAACCACGUCUUUCAAAAGGUCAUCUUAUGGGGAGAGGACAUGUUAUGUGCCAGUUUUUUGUUUCUCAAGUAUUUGUUGUGGAGAUUUUUGGCAGAGUUUGUGUUUUUUCCACAAGCCUAGACCUGUCAACCUUAAUAUCCAGACAUUGGAGCUUUUAUACAAUAUCUUGACCUAUUGCUAUUAAUAGUCCCAGAACAAAUACAUAAUAGAAAUGUUUUCAUCCUUCGUUGUGUAUUUUUUAUUUUUUCUGAAUGUUAAUUAUUGACAAAAUAUUUGUUAUUAUUCUUACAUUGUAAUUUUCCUAACUUUGUUUAAAUGGAACAUGAUUUUUAAUCUUAAAUUCUCUGGAUCCCUUGUUUUUGAAGUCUAUAUUUUAGAGAUAAUAGAUUAUAGUUCAUACUUUUAAAGAAAAGAUCUUGUGCUUUAAAAUCAAAACUACAAAGAUACUUUUUUGUACAGAUAGCUGAUCUGAACAAAAGAGUUUUGGGUUUCCGUAAUUUGAUGUUUGUCUCGGUGCUGUUUUAUACUGUAUCUUGUUGAAAACAUCGGUAAUGGUGAUAAAACUUUGACAGUUUGAAGUUGUACAAGAAGGCUAUUGCUUAAUUGUAAACAUUUCCAAAGUCAGUGCACAUUGAAUUGCAUUGAAACUUUAUUGAUGUGUAUUUUUUUCUCUAUAUGGGGGAUGUUUAUUCCUCCUAAGCAAAUGUUAAAUUGUAUGAUACACAAUCAGUUCGGAUGUGCUUGUUAUUUUUGGUGCAUGCCUAAUGCAUGCUUUUCCAUAUAUCUCUUCAAUGUGCCAAACAAUUUCCUAUAGGAAAUGCUUUAUUACACGACUUGUAGGGAUCCAGAGGUAUAUAUACACGGUAUUUAAUGAUAUCAACUAUUCUGUAAAAGACAUUCCAAAAUGUGUUCAAGUUUCCUGUGUGUAUAUUUAUGGGGUCUCACAUUAUUUUCAUUCAGAUUUUCUUGACCAUUUUAUCUUUUCGACUUCCCAUUGAUAAUAAUCUUGUCACUAAACUUUUUGUUUUGUAUGUGUCUAUUUUCACAAUGUAUCCAUAUGAUAUUCAUGCAGUAUUGGUAAGGAACAGCAGUAUUUGCGAGGCUUUUUAAAAAUUAUUAAACCAGGGCUUUCAUCCUCUGCCAUACAGGUUUCCUCAUAAUCAUAUUCACCCGUGUAAAAAAAUAUUCGAGUUUAAUAUAUAGAUAUGUUUUACCAUGUACAUGUAUCUUUAUUGUUAGGUCAAAUUUUUUUUUAAUUUUUAUUUUUGGUGCUGCCUUUAUGACUUGGUGCUUCCUUAUGAGAAAUGGAGGGAGCAAAGGAUGAUUUUGGUGCAUGUUUGCAUCCUUGUUGCAAGUUUUCUGUGAUGAGUCAAAUUUGAAGUUUAAAAAAAAAUAAUGUGCAAUUUUUUUUUUUAUAUAAUAUUAUAUCACAGACAUUUUACAGUCACAAUGGCAAUCUUUUUUAUAUAAAGAUUUACACAUUAAUUUAUUCAGUAUUUUUUUUUUAUUUUAAAAAUGUGAUGUAUGAAUGACUUAAUUUUACAAAAGAAAAAAAUAAGGGUAGCUGAAAUUAGUAUACAUGUGCAUGUUCUUUGAUGAGUGUGGGGGAAUUUUGGCAGAGGGUGAAUUUUAAAUGAUGGUUUAGGAGGGCCUUGUAAAUUGCUAGGUUUUCAGUAAAGAUUCUUUAAUUAUAUACAGUUUUCUUGAGUACAUUUGAUCUUCAUAGUUAUAUGUGAGUUACUGGUAUUUUGGUAUCUCUUGACUUUAUGUGGAAAUGUGAAUUCUGUUUGCCACAAAGUAAAAAUAAUACACUGUAUUUCUCAUUUUUAUCUCUAAAUGCUAGAGUUUUGAACUUUUUCCAGAUAUUUUUAUUUGUAAUCUUGAUUUGGCAGUAAAUAUUUCUUUGUACCUGGUACUAUUAGAAACAAAUCAUUAGUCUUGUGUACAUUGUGUAUGUCAGAGUCAAAACAGAGAACAGGAGAAAGUCAGAUUCUGAGUGCAGAAAAUUAUUUAUUCUUAAGUAUUUUAAGUCUCGGUAUCCAUUUGUAAUGAUUCUUUGUCCAUUUCACAGCAAAUAAUCCUGUACAAUGAAUUGGCAUGUCAUGUAUAAAACCCACGAAUGUGUAUGAGAGAAGUUAACUUUUAGGAGAGGGUGUUUCAGAAUGGGACGGCAUAUUUUGUAUUAGUUAUUUUUUCUUGUCUUUUUUUGUGCUGUGCUGUAUAUUUGGGGGGAAAUUAACCUGUAAACCUGCAGCUCAGACUAUUCAAAAACAAGUUUUGAAUGUGGUUGUUCAAAUAAAAUCUUUAAAUGUUGA